AUGUCUGGCAAGUCCUCCUCUGGCAACACCGGGUCUUCUGGCUCCCCAUACACACCCUACACGAUCACCAGCACUGGUACCAACAGCCAGGGCAACAACUACGAUACCCGAUCUCAACCCAGUGGUCCUGCAUACCACUACUCGAACUCUGACGGAUCUUACUACUACGCCAAUGGCAACGGAUCCACGUACCACAACUCUGGCAGCGGUUCAACCUACACUGCUCCCAAUGGCAAUGUCUAUAAGAAGUAG